CAUUCAUCGAAGACAGAUUGGUGAUUUAUUGAAUGAAAUUGACCUUAACCAGAUUAUUUGGAAACGUCGAUUUCAUUUUAGAGGGAAGAAGAAGAAUGUAGGUUAUGAGCACUGUUGACAACUGGAUAUAAACAAUAAUUAUAUCAGAAACAAUGAGUAAAGAAAAAAAAGUUGAUCCCGGUUGGAAUGAUCCUCCAAUGUUAAAUUACAGCCCUUCAAAUCCACCUCCGAAAUCGCGUAUAACAAACAAACGGGUGGCAUUUCCAUUAAAUAGUCAAUCUGCGGCCCCUCUGGAUCCUUCGAAGCCCCCGACUUUACCUCCAUUAGUUCCUCCUGUAAAACCAUUACAACCAACAACUCCACCAUCUGGCUCAAAUGCUGAAAGUUUUGACAUAUUGCAAAAUGAAUUUGCUUCAACGUCUGAAAGUCUAAAUAACCUGUUAACUGGUGUAAAUAAUGAAGAUGUUAAGCAGAGGAUUGAGCUAAUGAAAAAUAUGUGGCAAAAUGGGAAAUUUACUCAAAGUGUUCAAAAGACAAUACAUGAGUUAGUCCAGAGUAUAUGUGACAAAGAUGUGAAUAAAGCUAAUGAAUUACAAUUAAAAUUAAUGAUGGAAUCUUCAGCAGAAUGUGGUACUUGGAUGACUGCUUUUCGGCACUUGAUAACCAACCAAUAAAGUAAAAAUUUUUAAUUUAUGUUGUAUAUAAUAAAUAUUUGUUUUAAUAAACCACAUUCUAUUUA